AUGGCGUCCACUCCUGAAACUACCAGAAUCAAAAACUUAGAGCUGCUGGCAGACUCACCUCAAAGUAAUACCUCGUCACCAGAAAGAUCGUAUUGUCAAGUGAAAUAUAAAGAUUAUGAAAGUGCCUUGGCUGCUAUUCAACAAUUGGAGGCCGAGCUAAAUGAGUUUCAAACAUCAAGUUAUGAGUUAGAAAAAGAACUAGAGAAGGAACUCAGUGCUCUAGAACUAGAUAAUGAAGAGCUGAAACUAAAAAAUGAGGAGAUUACUGAAGAGUUGAAAGAUCUUAAACAACAAAAGUUCACCACUGAAAAGGAGCUAGAAAGAGUGCGCGCGGAACUAGACUCCAAAAUAGAGAAGCUAGAAAAAGAUUUAGAAGCUAAAAAUUCAAAAAUUGUGGAUAUAGAGAUUCUGAAUGAUAAUAUUGAGCAAAGCGAAAGAAAUUUAAAUGUCAGUUACAAAGAAUUAGAGGAAAAUUAUUAUGCUUCCAUGGAGAAGAUAAUUUUGCUUGAACAGGAAUUAAGUGACGCGAGAGAUCAAACAAUGAAAGAGCAACUAAAUCACCAAAAUACCAAGAAUGAGUUAGCUGAAUGGAAAGCCAAAGCCACUAUCAAACCAGCAAAAUCUUCAUCUAAUCCAAGACCAUUAUCACAAAGUAAAAUGUCCAAAUCAAAUUCAAUCAGACAAUUACAUUCAAUGAUUGAACAAUCCAAGGGAAUGGAAUCUCGUAUUGGGAACAUCAAGGCAUCUUUACACUCCAAGACUUUCAAACUGAAUGGGAAGUCCAAAUCUUCAACCACCACAAAACUUUCAAAUACAACAAUAACAACAUCAACCCCAAUGUCUUCUCAAUCUAAACCAAGAAGAAAAAUCCCAUUAUCUCCAUCUUCUUUCAAAUUAAGUUCUUUCACAGCAGGAAGCUUUGCCAAAAUGGAAAAAAUUGAAGGAUCUCCAGCUAAACCUGCUAAGGAUUUCAACAAGAUUUUUGGUAGUGAGCUAAAAGAGAAAUGA